AUGGAAGCCGCGGCGCGUCCUUUGCAGUCGCAUGCCGACUGCUCAUUCCGCUGCGCGCACGCCUCACCGUCCACGGAAACUCCUUGUCAUCCACAUAACCAUACUACCAGGCAAACGGCGCAAGGUGGUCACGAGGAGAACGGCAAUCGCGGAGGUCACAGUGAGUGCGAUGAUCGCGCGGACGACUACAAUCGCGACGGUGGUGCCGACGAGGGAUUCCCCGUUGCUUCGUGGGAAACGGAGCUGCGGUGGAAUAGGGACGUCGAAUACACCACGAAUCUCUCGCAAUGGCUGCGCGAACGAGCUGACGUGGCGGAAUCGUGGAAGUGGAAGCACGUCUCCAUGCGGGACGCCUUGGAGUCCUCCGGGGCGGUGCGGCCAGUGCGCUUCUACCUCUCGCCUUCUCGAAACGCGCUCCACUGCACGUGGUGCUUCAGUCAGGUGAUGGUGGGGCAUCCGCAAGUCGUGCAUGGCGGCGCCACUGCCUUCGCGUUUGACGAGACCUUUGGCGUGCUCUUCGCCAUGCUGGGCGUGGGCCAUGGCUUCACUGCCAACAUCAGUGUUAACUACCGCAAGCCUCUACCAGCAGCUUUCACUGCAUGCAUGCACGUGGCUCUAGAUCGAGUGGAGGGAAGGAAGUAUUUCCUGUGUGGCUCCAUACGCAGCGACCCAAGUGAGGACGCAGAGAUAUAUUCCGAAGCCUCUGCUCUCUUCAUCAUCCCACGCCCCCCGAGCUCGGAUGUGCCUGCCACCAUGUCAGCAGGUCAAUGA